AUGACCAUGCCAUUGACAAGAAACAAUCUGUCAGAAGAACAAGAAAAUACAUUGAAAAAGAAGUUGAUCCGAGAGUUCCCCGAUGUUGAUGAGGUUGUGAUUGAUGUUUCCCUUCGUACGACCAAAUAUGAUGAGAGCCGCGCCAGGGAAAUAAUAAAGAAGUUGAAAGGGGAUGACGACAAACAAAGUGCACCUGCAAAGGCCACAAAAAAGGAACCAGGCAAACCCAAAGGAAACGCCCCUGCUGCUUCAUCAGCCAAGGCUCAAGCUGCUGCUGCCGCCAAGGCAAAGUCUUCUAGUCAGGAGCUUCGUGCAAAGGCCACUCCUGCUGCCGCUGGUGGUGGUGGUCUUGCUGCAGCGGCUACUGCUGCUGCUAAGGCAAAAUCUUCCAGUCAGGAGCUUCACUUGAAAACCACUUCUACUGCGGCCCCCAAGACAGUCAAGUCAACAUCACCUGCACCUCCAACGACCACUGCACAGAAAAAGCCAGCAGCUACCCAGCCCAAACAAGCUCAACGCGAGAUGGUGUCGGUGGCCAGUAAAACCUACAGGUCUCCUCUCCUGUCUGUUCCUAGUGGACCCAAUCCAGCAAAUGCACAAGGAGCAAACCCACUGAUGCUGCUGCCUGAGUGGGUUCAAACUGAAGGCCCUCAGAGGCAGAAUCGUGCGGGACCGCAGAGAGGCAUUCGAAAGGGACCUGCCAGGCGACCCACCACCAGAAAAGUGCCCUUAAAUUGUGGUGCUCAAGCAAGCAAUCACAAGGGACCCAAUAAUAAUUUGGUUGUAGGAUCAAUGUUCUGUCCUGUAAGCCAUUUCUAAAGCAUGCAGACCUGGAAUGCCUGUUGAACAUGAAUACAACAGGUCUUUGCCAGUGCAGUGCUGCUCCAGUACUUUGGUUUUAUCAUUCUUAUAGACGCUUGUAGUGUUAGGUUGAACUGAUAACGCUAUCCACGGGGUAAAUCACUGUAUUUUCCAGUGAAUAGCGCAGUAUAUUUUGUCAACGUUUAUCCACUGGAUAAUGCCUUUUUUUUCCGUGGUUAUUGCGUUAUUGUUGCCAUGAUGUAUCUAGAAGAGUCAAAACUACCGCUCUCGGUAAUCACCCACGUCUUGUUUUUGUACCCCUACCCGCCCAGUUUUCCCUCUAUUAAGGGUUGAAUUGCAGGGACAUUUUGGGGCGAAUAACCAAGUUUACUCCCUCCUUUCCCUUUACAUUAGAUGGCGGGUUAGCUUCUCGAGUGCAGAUCUUAUAAACACGUUCCUUAUUCCUGUAAACGAAUUGUACAUAAAAUUAACGUAUCUACGAUGUCACUGUACUGACAUUUCAUGGUGCGUUUUAAAAUGUAAAUCCUUACAAUGUUUAAUCUCAAAGACUUCUCGCAGUUGCGUACUCGUAAAAAAUUCCUCGUCAACGUAAUUAUCUUAGUCAGCUUUUGUAAGCUGUAACGGUAGAGUCUACCAAUUAAUAAUGUUGAUCUCGUGUAUAUCUUGUAAGAGGUUCGAUGUCACUCGAGAAUAUGAUAAUAUUAUUUAAAGGCCGUUGUAAUUUUACGUCAUUGUUUUAAUAUUUUAGUCAAGAUAUUUUAUGCCUUUUUCGGUUUGCAACUACAGUAACACCGCAUUAAAUAGUAGUGUUGUGAACUGUUGUAAAACGUAAUGAAAUUACACAAUUAAACAAUGCUUAGCAACAA